AUGGUGGUGAUUGCACCAACUCAAUCUCAUCCUGAGAUGUCUGAAAUUGGAAGGGUUGAAGCUGAGCUUCAAAAGGAAAUUGUUAUUGUUGACAAUCUAAACACUGAUGCAACAACUGAUGAUCAACCCAUUCUUGACACUGGUGAUCAAUCAGAAACCAUUGACUAUGAAGGGUUUCUUGAUCUAGGAUUCAUGCCACCAGUUUUUGUUCAUGUUGUUCCUUUGAAUGUUGUCUACCAUGAUUCAUACUUUGAGGUGGAGAAUCCUCAGGUAACUAAUAGUGACACUAAGUCUGAUAAUGAUCAAUUCAAUACUCAAAAGAGGAAGGCUUUCUUCUCAAGGGGAGAUCGUGAUGCUAAAGCUAGAAGUUCUUCCAUAGAUGGUGAUCCUUCUUCACCUCUUCCUUCCAAUAAACGCAAGAUCAUUUUUUAUUUGAAUAUUUUAGCUGGAAUAUGGGGUAUAACUGUUGACAAAGUAAGAGAAAUCAUGGCAGAGAAUAAUGCGGCUAUUCAAGAAAAGUAUGAAACUAGAAAAGGAGACCGUAUGUCUGCCAAACUUGCUCAAGUUGUUGCUUCUGCUGAAGAUAGCGUUGAUGUUCAAAUCACUAAUGAUCAGGUCAAAAAAAUCCAGCUCUUCAAUAAUAUUAUGGAUAUACAACACAAGGUUUCAGACCUGAAUAACAGGGUGAGAUGCACCAAACCAAGGAACGAGUCUCUAAAGCUUCACUUGGUCAGGAAGAAGACUGAGUAUGAGUACACUAAGGUUGUAUUCGCUCGUGAGCUAAUCAAAUUUGGCUACAGCGAGUGGAUAAAAAUUCAAGAAAUUAUCGAAAAAAACAAAGGUAUUCAUCCUCGGGAGGUGAAGUUGGCAAUUCAUCAACUACUCAACAAAGUCAAGAAGCUCAAUCUUGUGCCAUCGACUGGUCCCUCUAGACCAUCCACCUCAACAUGA